UCACCCUCAGCGGCGCCGAGCCUGCGGUUCUCCUCCGGAGCGCUAAUAAAGACUCUGGCAGAACUUUCCAGACGAGGUUACAUGGUACAUGCACAACGGGCUGCCGAGGGGAACAAGGCCGGCGCCGGUUUCAGCGGACCACUGGAGCAUUACAACAGUCUUAUUCGGGAUGGCUUGCUGCGUGAGGAUGAACAUCAGAAAGCAGUGCUGGAAAAACUGGAGCAGAUGCAGAAGACUUUGAGAGGAUACACCAACACACCCACAUCCUUCUUUUCAAAGUUUUUCACAAGGCCAAAACCUCCAAAAGGUUACUACAUCUAUGGUGAUGUUGGCACCGGAAAAACGAUGGUGAUGGACAUGUUUUAUUCCCAUGUGGAGAUGGAGAAGAAGAAGAGGGUUCACUUCCAUGGCUUCAUGCUAGAUGUUCAUAAACGGAUUCAUCGCCUGAAACAGAGUUUGCCGAAGAGGAAAGCAGGGAAAAUGGCCAAAUCCUAUGACCCCAUUGCUCCUGUUGCGGAGGAGAUUAGCGAGGAGGCCUCUCUGUUGUGUUUUGAUGAGUUUCAGGUGACUGAUAUCGCCGACGCCAUGAUUCUCAAGCAGCUGUUUGAGAAUCUGUUUCUGAACGGCGUUGUCGUGGUCGCCACCUCCAACCGCCCCCCUGAAGACUUGUAUAAAAACGGGCUGCAGAGGGUUAAUUUUGUGCCUUUCAUUGCUGUGUUGCAGCAAUACUGCCAAACUCUUCGUCUGGAUUCAGGGAUAGAUUAUCGUAAAACGAACAGACCAUCCGCGGGAAAACUCUACUUCCUCUCCACUGAGGCGGAUGCAGAGGCUACGCUGGAUAAGAUGUUUGACGAGCUGGCGUUUAAACAGAAUGACAUAACACGACCGCGGGUGCUAAACGUGCAUGGCAGAAAAGUCCUUCUGAACAAAGCAUGUGGGACCAUAGUCGACUGUACUUUUGAAGAGCUGUGUGACAGGCCUUUGGGAGCCAGUGACUACCUGGAGAUAUCACGGCUGUUUGACACCGUCUUCAUUAGACACAUUCCUCUCCUGACGCUGAAUAAGAAGACGCAAGCCAGGCGGCUCAUAACGCUCGUGGACGCCCUCUAUGACCAUAAGGUGAGGGUGGUGAUUCUGGCAGACCAGCCCCUGGAAGGUAUUUUUGUGCACGACAACGAUCAUGACCACAACGAAAGCCACAUUCUCAUGGAUGACCUGGGGCUGAAAAGGGACGAUGCCAGCGGCCUGUCCAUCUUCAGCGGCGAGGAGGAGGUGUUCGCCUUCCAGAGAACGGUGUCUCGUCUCACCGAGAUGCAGUCGGAGGAGUACUGGGUGGAGGGCGAGCGGCACACAAAGCAGGCUUAACAGGCGGCGUGCUCCCGUGAUGCUCCUGUGUGCCAACACCAGUCCAGAAUGAACACUACUCCCACACAUCUCAUGCAACGGAGGGCCGGCGCUGACAGAAUUCAUCCAUUCAACAGUCGGACUGGUUGUAGAUCUUGA